AUGGGAGAAGGGCUCAAGAAACAAGACACGGGCUCGAAACGCUUGACCUGGCAGCCCCGACGGUCUUUGUGGAAUGGAGCGGUCGCGCGAGCACGGAGACAGCUUUUGGCACCGGUGCUGGCCAGCGUACGAAGUGAAACGUUAGUGAGACGGGACCGUGCGCCUAUCAGCAAAUCGGAUAGGCCCGAGCUGGCGCUGCUGCAGCCAUGGGGCGUGUCCAGCGCAUUGCCUCUGGCAGAUGUUGCAGGCCAGACGGCAAUUGUCGCUGGAAAUCAGUUUGCCCGGGCGAGACGACGGGCGUGCCGGGUGUGGUGGUGGAUGAUGGAUGUGGCGGCGGCAGCGGCAGCAGUGGAGGAGGAGGAGGAGGAGGAGGAGGAGGUGAUGAAGACAAAGGUUGGGGGUGGCGGGCAGGCGCUUGCAGAGAGGAGGAGCCCUGCGUCUACUACUACCACUACUACAUACUUACUCCGACACAGGCAGCACAUGAUAGCAAGCUGCUACCACGACUACGACUACGACUACCGCUACUUACCACCAGUGGUAGCAGGGCGGAGCCGGUGGCCCGCGACAGCCAGGCAUACUCAGUGGUCAGGCAGAAAGGCAGACACGGGCAGAAAGGCCGGGAGCCGAGCAGCGAAGCGAAGAGCGGUGGAUGCGGUGUGGUCGGGAGAAGCCUCUGUCUGGGGUGUGGGUGGGCUGAGUGCCGAUCCCGUGACUGGCGCACGUGCCCCUGCUGCCCUGCACCUGCACCUGGGGCCACAGCCGCACCCGUCCCACACAAUGUCAACUCGUAUCCUCGGGGCCGAACCAUCAGGUACCACUACUUACUCGACAUACCUACUUACUUACUGCACUCACUCUGACUUGCAGCCGUUGGCCGUGGCGCUGCUGACGGGCGCGUAG